ACCUGUUUCUCACACACACACACACCCACUCACCCAACCAGCCACACACAAACACACACACAGAGAGUUUAGGUAAAGGUAUUUAGACAAGUCCUCGUAGCCAGAGGUUUCAUUUUGGUCUUUGGAGAGGAGGACGUCACAGGACGGAGCCACGGAAAAAACAACAUGAACUUCAUGAUCUGAAGUCAAGUCACAGAAGUCACAGGAAGAACACAGACGGCGUCUGUUGACUGAAACGCUCCGUGCUCAGGACUCGGCAGCUGCGAGCCUUCAUCGUUGGGACCAUGUUCUCCUCGGCCGUUCCGUACAAAAACCAGCACUACGACGAGCUGAAGAAGAACUGCAUCAAGGACAAAGUGCUGUUCGAGGAUCCAGAGUUUCCAGCCACCAAUUCAUCCAUAUAUUUUAGGAAACCACCUCCAGGAAGGGUCCAGUGGAAGAGACCUGGGGAAAUCACCACUGGUCAACCUCACCUGUUUGUUGAGGGCAUCAGUUCCCACGACCUGAACCAGGGAGUUGUGGGAAACUGCUGGUUCGUGGCUGCCUGUUCCUGCCUGGCUUUAAAACCAAACCUCUGGAAGAAGGUGAUUCCAGAUUGGAAGGAGCAGGAAAAAAACCCAGAAGAUUACGCCGGAAUCUUUCACUUCCAGUUCUGGAUUUUUGGUCAGUGGGUGGACGUGGUCGUGGACGAUCGGCUGCCGACAAUCAACGGGGAACUCAUCUACUGUCACUCCAAAACCAACAAUGAAUUCUGGAGUGCUCUGCUGGAGAAGGCGUACGCCAAACUGUCCGGCUGCUACGAGUCGUUGGAGGGAGGAAACACCGGAGAUGCCGUGGUGGACUUCAGUGGAGCCGUGACAGAAACCAUCAACAUGGAGGGAGAAGAUUACUUCAAGGACCAGAAGAAGCAGGACACGUUGUUUGAAGAUCUGCUGAAGGUCUACGACCGUGGAGGGAUCAUCAGCUGCUCCAUCAAGGGGGAGCCACAUGAAAUAGAGGCCAAGAUGGCUAACGGCCUGGUGAAAGGCCACGCCUACUCUGUGACGGCGGUGAAGCAGGUGCGUCUGGGGGAGGGUCACGGGCUCCUGGCCUACUUCAAAAACGAGACCAUCCCCAUGAUCCGCAUGAGGAACCCCUGGGGAAAGAUCGAGUGGAAAGGGCCCUGGAGCGACAGCUCUGAAGAAUGGCAAAAGGUUGGAGACACAGAGAGGGGGAACCUUGGCAUCACAGUGGAGGACGACGGGGAAUUCUGGAUGGCGUUCCCCGACUGGUGCAAGUUCUUCACAGACGUGGACCUUUGUCGUCUCAUCAACACCUCGGUGAUCAGCGUCCACAAGACGUGGAACGAAGUCGUUCACUUUGGGAGCUGGACCAAACACUAUUUGUUUGACGUCACCAAGGAGGUGGACGAAGUUCUGGUCUCCCUGCAGCAGAGGGACAUGAAGGUCCACAGGAAGUUCGGCCAAGGAGAAAAUCUGACCAUUGGAUUUGGAAUUUUUAUGGUGGAGUUAAAUAGAAAGUAUCGAAUGCACGACAUCCUGACCCAGAAGAACAUGUCCACGUCCACCUACAUCAACGCUCGGACGGUGUUCAUGAGGUGCCAGCUGCCGAAGGGCCGCUACGUCAUCCUGCCCACCACCUUCAAACCCCAGACCAUGGGCGAGUACAUGAUCAGAGUUUUCACUGACGUGGAGUCAGGCUGCAGGGAGCUGACAGACGACCAGCCGAGGGUCCGGUGCUGGAGUUCAUUCCUGGGUUACCCUCAAGCCGUGACCCACAUCUACGUCCACGGAGCCGAAGGACUUCAGAACCAAGAUAGCACAGGAGGUGCAGACCCCUACGUGGUCAUAUACUGUGAAGGUCGGUCGGUGAAGUCCACCAUCAAGAAGGACACCCUGCAGCCGGAGUUCACCACCAGUGCUGUCUUCUACAGGAAGAAGCCCAGAAAACCCAUAACUGUGGAGGUGUGGAACAGUAAUGCAGUGAAGGACGAGUUCAUGGGUCAGGUGAUCCUGUCGGGCUCGGUGAACGACACCAGCAACCCCCAGAGGCUGCAGCUGAGGAAGAGCGGCCGGCAGAGGGGGGACGAGAUCAGCCUGAGGGUCGUGACGUCCACUCAGCUGACCGCCAUAUGACCGCGUUCUGGGUCUCGGGUCUGGACUGGAGUUUUGGGACAGGUCCCUGUGUGUGAGCAGAACCUGUAUGUAUGUUUACAGGUUUUACACCUGAUUGUGACUAAGAGACCGAGGGAGUGACCAAAGGUCAGAGGUCAAAUGUUUCUUUCUUACAUUUUGAUACUUUUUUGGAUAACCUGUGAUUUUAUAUCAACGUGUUGGUCAGUUACUUACAGAGAAACCGUUGCUCUUUGACAUUAUUAAAAUCACUAAAGUCUUACAUUAAAACUUAAAUGUUUUAAACCUUUUUUAGUCUUUUUAUAGGUGUUUUUUUUUUUUACUUUAUGUACGACAUAUUUUGUAUUUUCUCCAGUCAUUUUGAAGGUAGUUCACAAUCAUUGGUUCUUGUAAUUAAUAACAAAGUGACAACUGUAAAUGACUGAAAAGACAAAUACACUCACUUGCAGUAUCUUUAAGUACUCCGUGUCAGUACUCUGUUGGACUCCUCUGGGUCAUUAACCCACGAUGUCAGCUGUGAUGUGGUGACCUCGGCCUUUUGGUGAUUAAUGAUUCGAAAAAAGGUGUAGUUUGUGUUUCAGCUCCAGACAACAGUGGCGCUCUGUGCUAUAUAUAGCUGUCUUAUUCUCCAGUCAAACAAAUGUAAGGCUUAAAACUAAGGUUUAAACUUAGUUUGUUUGUGAAAUCACCUCAUGUGGCAAAAUGUUUCAACAAAGUAAAGGAUUUGAUUUAUAACAUAUAAGUUAUAUUCACACACAAUAUUUUUUUUCUCAACUUUUGAACCAGUCUGAAGAGUCAACUCUCGUGACUGGAAUCAACUAUUUUUUUUUCUAAACAGUAACUGCUGCUCAACAUAUGUAUAUUUACCUUUUUUUUUUAUUCUUCUCUGUAAAAUCAAGAUUUUUUCACAGUAAAAUCCACCUGUCGGUUGUUAACGAACACGGAAUGUUUCAUUUUAAAGACACUUAAAUGUUUUUUUUAUUCUGA